GUGAGGAGCGAUGUAGCUAGCGCUCGUUAGCGGUUGCUCCACAGAGGCGACUACGGUUGACACAGCUUAUCGCAUUCAUGCGGAACAACCGAACACAUCCGAUCGUUCGAGUACCUGCCGACGCGUCCACGAGGUGAGACACCGCUCGCUCGCGGAGCCGAGUUAGCUUGUUCGUGAGCAACUUCGGCUAACUGGCUAGCUGUUGUUAGCCGGCAUUAGCCGCUAGCUAGUUUGUUGCAUUGUCGCAAGAGGCAAGUUGGUUUGACGGAGAAACGGGCGGCUGACAGGAACCUGGCGGGCGGUUGUGGGUUUGAACACGAGCUGCUGCGCACUGUGGCGGAGCUCACCCCCUCGUCGUCGGCGGCUGUUUCCGCCACAGCGCUGCUUGUUUCGAGAGUGGAUUUUCUCACAGUAACACUCCGGAGCUUUCCACCCUCUCUACUCUGAAGAUGGAGGAGGAUCAUAUCCACUGUAUUUCCUGUGUUAACCAGAGAUGCACGGUUAGAUCUGAACCUGGCAUUGCUUGUGAUCUUAUCUCCUGUCCUCAAGUGUGUGGGGCUGUAUUUCACUCCUGCAAAUCUGAUGAACACCAUCUUCUGUGCCCACUGCUGAGGGUCCCGUGCCUAAACAGUGGCUAUGGCUGCCCUGCCAUGCUGGUUCGCAACCAAAUGUAUGGACACCUCGAGGUGUGUCCAGCUGGAGUGGUGUGCUGCACUAUGGAGUGGAACAGGUGGCCUGUUAGCUGCCUGGACUAUACUUCUUAUGAGAGCCUGAGCCGUGGGGUCGAGGAGGUGGAGCAGCUGGACAUGGCACUUGCUCUUCAGGAUCAGCGUACGCUACUCGAGUCCCUCAAGGUUAUUGCCAUGGCACCUACUGCAGAGGGACAGCCACUUGUCCCGGCUAGUAAGGAGAACAGGGUAACGGACUCAGCUUUGCCAACAUCUGCCCCACUUUCAGCAAAGGAGAAGAUUGUCAGUGGAAUAAAUGGCUUGAACGAGGAGCACUUUGGUAAUCUUUAUGAGGCCACAGUUGAGACUGCCAGAAGUUUAGCUGCUGCGUUAGACUUUGUUAGCAUUGCCAGUUCUGCUCACAGCGGCACAGGGCGCGUAGACAGAGGAGCUUCUGUGCAGCAGAGUAGAUCGAGCAGCAACGGAGACCUUCAGAAUGGACUGGAAGACAACACACCUGUAGCUGCCGACGGUUUGAAUAAAAGGGGGAUGGAGGAGAAAAGUGUUUGCUCUAGCUGUUCGAGUGGAAACGUGGCUCCUAAAACAAAUGGACCACAGUCAGGAGCAAUGAUGGCCUGUCUAGAGACAGCCUAUCCUGUUGAGGUGCAAGGUGACAUGAGUGCUGGUGUUUCCAGAGAGCCAGCGAAUCCUCAAAUGAUAUCUCCGGUGCAUGUCAGCCAGGGUGUGGCACAGAGGGCUGGUCAUGUGGUCCUGGAAGACAGGGGGCUAGUUCUAUUAGAAAACUAUAGGUGUGAACGGAGGUUUCACAAUUACCAGUUUUUUAGGGGUCAGAGCCAAUGCUCAUUACCCAAUGGACGGAUCGGUUUCAUGCCAGACAGGUCACCGCAUAGGUUGCGACCCAAAAUGGAAGACAAGUCAGUGGAUACAUCGGAUCUGGAGCAGGAUGACGACCCAAUGGGUCUAGGAGAGAUUGAUUUGAUCACAGCAGCCCUGCUGUUCUGUUUAGAGGAGUCGAGAGAGUGUAGGAGGAUCUCUGAUACGAUCUACGUUGAUGGCUACUGCGUUGACUUUGGCACACAGACUUUCACUUUCCCUGCUGCGAUCCUGGUAACAAACACUAGAGUGGGUGACAUGGCCUCUGCGUCUGCCUGCGAUCAUGCUGCCCCCCAGCUCUCCUACCCAAGCCCUUUCCGCACUCUCCGCCUUGGCCUUGUCCUGGAAGCUCUGGAGGUGGAGGCGGUCCCACAUAACCGCUACCUCCCCUCUAACCCCCGGUACCAGCACAUGUUCCCCUUCGUCUGUGGCCAGUCAUUCCGCCGGGACCAGUUUUCUUCCCAUUUCACAAAUAUCCACGGUGACAUUCACGCUGGCCUCAAUGGUUGGAUGGAGCGCCGCUGUCCCCUGGCGUAUUAUGGUUGCACAUUUUCCCAGCGGAGGUUUUACCCAUCCAACCACGGGGCCAAGGUGGUUCAUGACAGACACCUCAGGUCCUUCGGGGUUCAGCCUUGCCCGGGGGCCAAACUUGCAAAUGAAGCCCAGUCCGACCAAUUCACCGGGCUCCCUAAUGAGAUACUGUGGCACAUAGCUGGGUUCCUGGACAGUUUUAGCCUGUGCCAGCUGUCACUGGUUUCGCGGACUAUGAGGGAGGUGUGUGCCAGCCUCCUCCAGACCAGGGGUAUCGUGGAGCUGCAGUGGGAGCGAAGACGGGGCUCUGGUGCUCACGGCACUGUGUCAUGGCAGACCAAAAAUAGAGUGUGGCGAUUCAGCACUGCCUUCAGCCCAGUGUUGUCCUGGGGUUUCACUGAUCUCCCCAGCAUGUCGGACCAUCUUAAGAAGUGCCGCUUCAAUGUAGUGGAGCACAAGACAGAACCUAUUCCCCUUCCUGCCAUGUGCACUGCGCGAGACGGACACUCACUGCGUCGUGUCCUCCGCCACGUUAACACCUGACCAAAAACCAGGCCGACCCCGAGGCAGCUGCACGAGAGUCACUGUAGUAUUAUGUGGAUGUUGCAAUUAAAGAUUUUUCAGUUUUGAAAAACGAAUGAACUCUUCCUGCAUUACACUAUAGAUAAUGAAGAAGCCUUAAUGAAAUAACACCUUACAUGUCACAAUGAAAGUCUGUUGUGGGUGAUCCCUGACGUAUUAACCUUUUAGCUUUGCAUGAAGUUUUGCUGAAAAUGCACCUUUAUCCUGUAGCCUAAAGUAUAUUUUCCUGAAGACAAUUAUGCACAAUAGUUUUUUUAUAACUCUAUAUGAUAUAAUCAGCAAAUGGAAAGAUAUUUGAAUGUUUUCACUAUCUUGUUGUUCAGUUGUAGCCAUGGGCAAAAGCAGAUACUUGGUUAUUACCUUUUUUUUUCUGUGACAGAAGUUAUGCAAGCACUACACAAGUUUUGCUCAUCCCUCCGGUGUUGAUCUUUCCAGUCUUUCUGAUCCCAGAUUAUUGUGUCGAACCAAUGCGAGUGUGUUGUCCGGGUUUGUAGGUUGUCAGGACCCAGUGAAAACAUAUGGAUAUUAAUGAGGAUGACCCAAUAAUGCUUGUGAUUUGCGACCAAAACUAAUAAAAUCUUUACAGCCUUC